AUGGCCCAUUUCCCGCCAAUGCAAAACUUGCGUAGCCAAUUAACUAACUACAGCACCAAGUACUCCUUAAGACGAAGUCCAAACCAGGAAACCCAUUUAUGGAGAUCAUGUGAGGUAAUAACCAUUGGAGGAGUCAAAGGCGAAGUUGUAAGGGAUAAGGGAGGUUUACGAGGUUGUCGGGCGCAGGAAGCAUUUAAGGUCAACGCACAGCUAGACACAAGGGAGCUUCUAAAACUUGGUGGCAUCGAGUCUUCUCUAUUUUCGAAACCUACACGGUCAUGA